GGCGCCGGGCGGACGGGUGGGGGCGCGCGCGGAGGCGGCGGCGGCGGGGGUGCGCGCGCGCGCGCGGCAGCGGCUUCACUUCUCUCCGGGCAGCGGGGGCAGGAGCGGCGGCGGCUGUCGCUGCUGCUCGGGAGAGACGGGAAAGGGGAGAGGAAGCCGAGAGCGAGGAGUGCGGGGCAGCGGGCUCAUGACUCAGUGAGCGGCUGCAGCCCCUUUCCAGCCCCGCGCCCGGCCGGAGUCGGGGCGACCGCGACGGAUUGUCCCGCAGCUUGUGCCCGGCACCAGCGAGAGAGAGACCUGCGCUCGCCUGCAGCAUCUGCCAUGUCUACAGAGGGGCAGAGAGUGGAUGAUAGUCCAAGCACUAGUGGAGGCAGCUCUGAUGGAGAUCAGCGUGAAGGUGUUCAGCAGGAACAAGAAAGGGAGCAAGUUCAACCCAAGAAAAAAGAGGGGAAAAUAUCAAGCAAAACAGCUGCUAAAUUGUCAACUAGUGCUAAAAGAAUUCAGAAAGAACUUGCAGAAAUUACAUUAGACCCUCCUCCGAACUGUAGUGCUGGACCCAAAGGAGACAACAUUUAUGAAUGGAGGUCAACUAUACUGGGGCCUCCAGGGUCUGUAUAUGAAGGUGGAGUUUUCUUCCUUGACAUAACCUUUUCACCGGACUAUCCUUUUAAACCACCCAAGGUAACGUUCCGGACAAGGAUCUACCACUGUAACAUUAACAGCCAAGGCGUCAUCUGCCUGGACAUUUUAAAAGACAACUGGAGUCCAGCGUUAACCAUUUCUAAAGUUCUCCUCUCCAUCUGCUCCCUCCUCACAGACUGUAACCCCGCUGACCCCCUGGUUGGAAGCAUUGCCACUCAGUACAUGACUAACAGAGCAGAGCACGACAGAAUGGCCAGACAGUGGACCAAGAGAUACGCCACAUAGGAACCUCCUCUAGGAUUUGCUGGACCUGUGCAAGCACAUUCACUAAGUGCAUCAAUAGCCCUUCCCUUCAUUCUUAUUUUUUAUUAAAUCUUGAACCAUUUUGUGACAAAAGGUUGUCCUUACUUCCUUUUUUUUUUUUGUUUGUUUGUUUCAUUUUGGUUUAUUUUUAUUUUUAUUUGGUCUGGGUUUUUUUGUUCUGUUAACUUGAAAGUUGUUUCCCUCAAAUGUAGACAGGGAAUUUUGGUUAUCAGUGCAAAGAAUGUUGGAUCUGUAAUAGUAUAGAGCUUUAUCAGAAAGCUUUGUAUUAAUGUGUGGGGUUGUUUUUUUUUUUUUCUUUCAUGUGGUUUUGGGGAAAACAAACAAAUUCAGAAUUAUAUCUCAUUUCUACUUAAAUGUAGUGUUUAGGGUUAUUUUUUUGUACUGAAGUCUUUAAUGGUGGGUGCAUGCUACUGGGAACAAGUUUUGUAUAAAAGCUUAAAAUCAAGAAUCACUGUGCAUUACUAAGACUGUGUUUAUCACUAGCCUUCUGUUUCCCACACAAAAGGCUAUUGCAUUGAACAAAUUAAUAUGUAUUUUGAUUUACUUAAAAAACAAAAAAAAAAGUGCUUGUAAAUUUCUUAGGGACCUGCCACUUUUGACUGUGGAUCAGUUGAUGUACACUUGUAUUAUUAAAGCACUCAAUAAAACACUGUGGCUGAUAAAUGCAC